GGGUCUGAGAAAAUUGAAUGUACGUAUGCAAAUUUGAAGUUUCAUGAUCGAGUCCGAGUGAAAGGAGAACAAGUUAUCUGCUUCAGUACAGAUUUUUGGUUUGUGGAUACACCAAACACCUGAAGGAUACCGCUAAUUUUUUGUUCCUUUUUUUAAAAAAAUAAUUUAUAGCUAAUCAAACAGGAGAGUCGGAAUUGGGGUUCAUUUAGAUCUCAUUUUGCAUCUGGGAAUGUUUUGAAUUUGUGUGCUUUGUCUGUGUUGAUUUGCUUCGGAAAGCGUCUUUUUAUUUCACCUCGUUUGUGUCCAUUUGGCCCUCAUGCUGAUUUUGUGAAACUCGAUUUCCCGUAGUUGAAGAGGGUCGGGAUCGGGCUAAAAUCUGUAAAAUAUUAUCUAAUGGAGGUUCAGGUAGCUAAUUCAGGAGUUUCGUUCGUUUUCUCACCAUUCCUUGACCCGUGUGAAAGCGAGAAAAUGUUUGGCUUGGAAGGGUAUUUUUGUCAUUUAGUUACCGGAAUGCCUUGUUGCGAUGGAUUAUAGUGUGCUAUGCUGUCUGUGUCCUUCCCUUUCCAUCCGGCUAGUGGGGUGGUCAAAAGACAGAAUUGACCCUCUACCAUUCUUUCUUUGACUGGUGUCUAUUAUAUUUAUGUCCUCUGGAUUGAAUUAUCGAUAGCUUACCACUUACCAUAAGUACUGCAGCCUUUUAAACCUUUCUUGAAAGGUAUUAGUGAAAUCUCACUUUCUUUAAAACAAGGAACCAGAAAAGCUUAACUGUGUUGGCUGUUUCUCUGAUGGCCCAGUGGUAUCUUGAGGCCCCCCUUUACUUCUGAAGCAUUUGCUCUGUCUCUAAUUAGUUAUGAUAUGAAAUCAUUUGAAACAUUUUUAAAGAAGUAACAAGGAUCCUUCUACAAUAUUUGACUUGGGGUUUUCCAUUUGGAGCUUACAAUGGGAAACAAUGAAGAAGAGAAAUCUACUAAGACUGAAAAGCCUUCUUCACCUGUAGCAAUGGAUCAAACCAAUCAUACCAACCAGACCAAUAUUCAUGUCUAUCCUGAUUGGGCAGCCAUGCAGGCAUAUUAUGGGCCAAGAGUCCCCAUCCCGCCAUACUACAACUCAGCUGUGGCUUCUGGUCACACUCCUCACCCGUACAUGUGGCCACCGCAGGUACCUAUGAUGCCACCUUAUGGGCCCCCUUAUGCAGCCAUUUAUUCACAUGGAGGAGUUUAUACUCACCCUGCAGUUCCUAUGGGGCCACAUCCACAUGGUCAAGCAGUUCCAUCUUCACCUGCUGCUGGAACUCCUUUAAGCAUAGAGACACCCCCCAAAUCAUCUGGAAAUACUGAUCAGGGUUUAAUGAAGAAAUUGAAGGGGUUUGAUGGACUUGCAAUGUCAAUAGGCAAUGGCCAUACUGAAAGUGCUGAGCGUGGAGGUGAAACCAGGCUAUCCCAAAGUGUGGAAACUGAGGGUUCCAGUGAUGGAAGCGAUGGCAGCACUGCAGGGGCUAAUCAAACAAGAAGGAAAAGAAGCCGUGAGGGAACACCAACCACUGCAGAUGAUGGAGAAGGGAAAACUGAGAUACAAGGCAGUCCCAUUUCCAAAGAAACUGCAGCUUCUAAUAAGAUGAUGUCAGUUACCCCUGCCAGUGUUGCUGGAAAAGUAGUUGGACCUGUAGUGUCUUCAGGUAUGAUCACCACGCUGGAGCUGAGAAAUCCUUCCAGUGUUCAUUCUAAAACAAAUACCACGAGUGCCCCACAACCUUGUGCAGUAUUGCCUGCAGAAGCUUGGUUACAGAAUGAGCGGGAGCUGAAGCGUGAGAGGCGGAAACAAUCUAAUCGAGAAUCUGCCAGAAGAUCCAGACUAAGGAAGCAGGCUGAAACUGAAGAACUGGCACGAAAAGUUGAAUCCUUGAAUGCUGAGAACGUGUCACUGAAAUCAGAAAUAAAUCGACUGACUGAAAGUUCUGAAAAACUGAGGGUUGAAAAUGCUACAUUAAGGGAAAAACUUAAAAACGCUCAAUUGGGACAAACACAAGAGAUAACUCUGAACUGCAUUGACAGCCAGAGGGCUACACCUGUAAGUACAGAAAACUUACUAUCAAGAGUUAAUAACUCCGGUUCUAAUGAUAGAACUGAGGAAGAUGAGAAUGGUUUUUGUGACAAGAAACCAAAUUCUGGUGCAAAGCUGCAUCAACUACUGGACACAAGUCCUAGAGCUGAUGCUGUGGCAGCUGGUUGAUACAGAAAACCAGUAAUUGCACUGGCUGAUCAUGUAGUUUUGGCAUAUUACAAGCCCAAAAUUACUUCUAACAGUUUUCAGGGGGAUGGAUCAGCUGAAUUUUAGUAUCUAAAUCCAUCAAAAUCAGAACUAAUUCAUUGCUUGUCAGUUACUUAGGACAAAAACUCUGUAUUCUAUUAGAAUUGACGAAAUUGGAUGACAAAGUUUGUAAAAUGAAGAGAAUUUAGAGAUUUUAGUUUAGAGAAGGUCGUUGAAGUUACAUAAAUGGAUGUUGGGUGUGUAUUAAGACCUUCUAAUGGUAUUUGAUAU